AUGACAGCCGGCAGUAGUAUUGACCCCAACCAUCCAGCCUUCGCCCACAUCCCCGUCUGGGUGCAAGAGAAGCUCUCCCCGAAAGCCGUCCAGACGAUCCAGAAAGUUCACGACUGGGUCGAGAACGAGUGCAUCCCCGCCGAGCCGAUCGUCAAGGCGCAGAUUGAGCAGGAUAAGAAGACGGAAUGGAAGACGCCCAAGCUCAUCACGGAGCUGCGGGAGAAGGCGAAGAAGGAGGGACUGUUCAAUCUCUUCUUGCCGAAGAGCUUUGGGCAUUUGAGUCCUGGGUUGACGAACUUGGAGUACAGCUGUUGUGCGGAUAUCAUGGGCAAGUGUUAUUGGGCCGCUCAGACGAUGAAUUGUCACGCUCCGGAUACGGGCAAUAUGGAGCUUUUGGCGAAGUACUGCAAUGAAGAGCAGAAGAAGAAGUGGUUGCAACCUCUCCUCAACGGCGAGACGUUCAGCGCCUACUCGAUGACCGAGCCAGACGUCGCCUCUUCCGACGCAACCAACAUCUCCUGUCGAGUCGAGCAAGAUCCUUCUGAUCCUAACAUGCUCGUAAUCAACGGCCGAAAGCUCUAUGGCAAUUGCAAAUGGAACGCAGAACUGGGCUUCUACAUCCUCAUGGCUUGCUCCGAUUCCAACAACCCCAACCCGUGGUCUCGACACACCAUGGUCAUCGUACCCAAGGACACCCCAGGCUUCCGCAUGGUCCGCAACCUCACCAUCAUGGGCUACGAUCACGCACCAGAGGGACACGGCGAAUACCUCUACACCAACGCUCGUGUGCCGAAAGAGAACAUCAUCCUCGGCAUGGGCCGCGCCUUCGAGAUCGCCCAAGGACGUCUAGGGCCCGGCCGCAUCCACCACUGCAUGCGUCUCCUAGGCCAGACCGAACGAGCGUACGAGCUCGCCCUCCUCCGUGCCACAGACCCAGCCAAGAAGCCUCGCGGCAAACUCAUCGGUGCCUUCGACUCCAACAUCGAACGCCUCGCGCACAUUCGCAUGACGCUGGACUCCCUCCGCGGCGUGGUGCUCAACGCUGCGCAUACUAUGGACGUCCGCGGGAACAAAGCAGGGAAAUACGCAAUUGCGCAAUGCAAAGUCCUCGUGCCCGCGCAGUGUGCCGAACUUAUCGAUGAGUGCAUGCAGAUGUAUGGUGGACAAGGACUGACGCAGCAUACACCUCUGCCGGAGAUGUGGACGUAUGCGAGAUUUGUUAGGAUUGCAGAUGGACCUGAUGCGGCGCAUCGACAUCAGGGAGAGAUAUCGAGAACUUUGUGGGAAAUGGGGAAUUGA